CUUAAUUAUUAAAUGGUUAUGGCUGUCAGAAUUGUAAUAUUUCACAGACUCCACCUACAAUUGAAAAAACACCUUUAUCUAGACACUGCUUUUUGUAUAGGGCGUCUUCAGCGCUGUAAGACUUUCUGGUGAUAAUUUAACUUAUCCGGUGGGUUCAUAAACGCUGCGCUGUCAUUGUCCAAUGAAAUACGCAGCUGACGAGCGGAUCAACUCCGUCAUUUUGACUGCUGAACUACAAGUCGUAGCAAGUCGGACAAAGAAUCGCAUGUUUUAAACCUCUUGCCGAGUUCCUACUUCUAUGGAUAGAGUGUACAGUGGUUGACGGACAUUACAUUUCUAUGCUGAAAGAAGAUUGUUUGUUGGCAUUUUUGUAUUUGAAUUUUGUAGUCCAUUUCCUGCUCAACGGCAACUUUUGUCAAAUCUAGCGUCUACAGCAAUAUGAGAAUCAAGAUAACAGCGCGUGCUCUUCCAUCCCAGUGAAAAACGUCAGCAGAGACAGGAUGUUUAGUCUCACUGAAGUUGCCUCCCUUAAUGACAUUCAGCCAACCUAUCGUAUUCUGAAACCAUGGUGGGAUGUGUUCAUGGAUUAUAUCGGGGUGGUAAUGUUGAUGUUAGCCAUCUUUUCCGGGACUAUGCAGUUAUCCAAAGACCAAGUGGCAUGUCUUCCCAUUCUUGAGAAAAACACUGAGGCAACACAAAAUCGACCAGAAUGUUCAACAUCCCUUCUGGGGACUGGACCCACAACAACUAAAGACCUUCCUGACAGCAUUGCACAUGAAAUUCUUAACACUCAACCUACCCCCUUAAAAGGAGAAGGUAUGUGGUCUCAACCUGAGCCCAGAGGACGUAAAACAAACCUGGACUAUCAGCAGUAUAUUUUUGUCAACCAAAUGUGCUACCAUGAUGCCCUACCGUGGUAUAACAAAUACUUUCCUUACCUUGCCCUCAUACACACCAUAAUGCUGAUGGUAAGCAGCAAUUUUUGGUUCAAGUACCCAAAGACCAGCUCAAAGAUUGAACACUUUGUUUCCAUUUUGGGGCGGUGCUUUGAAUCGCCAUGGACAACGAAAGCUUUGUCCGAAACCGCUUGUGAAGAUUCUGAGGAAAACAAGCAAAGAUUCACAGGCGGUGCGGUUUUCCAGAAACAUGUAUCCUCGGAGGACAGCAGUCAGUCUACUCCUUUGAUGGAAACUCCAACAGUGCAGUUUCCUACCGAAAAGCUCAUUGCGGAAGCUCCCAGCCUGACCACGUUAGACAAAAAAGAUGGAGAACAAGCCAAGGCUCUUUUUGAGAAAGUGCGAAAAUUUCGAGCUCACAUCGAAGACAGUGACUUCAUCUACAAACUCUAUGUGGCUCAGACAGCAAUAAAAGCACUGAAGAUCAUUUUGAUUUUGAGCUAUACGUCAACGUUUGCCGCAAAGAUCAGUUUCUGCCAUAUAUGCAAACCUGAAAUCGAAAGUUUGACUGGGUAUGAUCAGUUCGUUUGCACGCACAACAUGGCAUUCAUGUUAAGGAAACUUCUCUUCACCUUCAUGGCUAUGAUAUGUCUCUAUGGACUGGUGUGUUUGUAUACACUCUACUGGCUCUUCAGGAGACCACUUAAGGAGUACUCUUUUGAAAAAGUCAGAGAGGAAAGUAGCUUUAGUGAUAUUCCUGAUGUCAAGAAUGACUUUGCAUUUCUCCUACACAUGGUCGACCAAUACGAUCAGCUGUACUCCAAACGAUUUGGCGUAUUUCUCUCUGAGGUUAGUGAGAACAAACUACGAGAAAUUAGCCUUAACCACGAGUGGACGUUUGAAAAACUACGUCAGCAUGUAACAUCCAAUGCUCAAGAUGAACAAGAACUACACCUCUUUAUGCUCUCAGGACUCCCUAAUGCGGUAUUUGACCUCACUGAUCUGGAAAUCCUCAAGUUAGAGCUUAUUCCUGAGGUCAGGAUUUCAGCCAAAGUUUCUCAGAUGACCAACCUACGGGAACUACAUCUAUAUCACUGCCCUGCUAAAGUCGAACAAACCGCUUUCACUUUUCUCCGUGACCAUCUGCAUCGCCUUCACAUUAAGUUUACUGAUGUUGCAGAAAUCCCAGCGUGGAUUUAUCUGUUGAGGAGCCUCAAGGAACUAAACCUGAUUGGGAACUUGAACUCUGAACACAACAAGAUGAUCGGUUUGGAGUCACUGAGAGAUCUGAGACACUUAAGGAUGUUGUAUCUCAAAAGCAAUCUCAACAAAAUACCCACAAAUCUAACAGAACUGUCACCACAUCUCGUCAAACUGGUGAUACACAAUGAUGGGACUAAAUUACUGGUACUGAACAGUCUCAAGAAGAUGACCAGCCUGGUUGAUUUGGAGCUCCAGAACUGUGAUUUGGAGAGGAUCCCCCAUGCCAUCUUUAGCUUGGCUAGCUUGCAAGAACUGGAUUUGAAGAAUAACAAUAUCCGGACCAUUGAGGAAAUCAUCAGCUUUCAGCACCUGAGAAGAUUGGCGUGUCUCAAGCUGUGGUACAACAAGAUCACUGCCAUUCCACCAUCGAUAGUCCUAGUGAAGAGUCUGGAGUCCCUCAUUAUCUGUCACAAUAAACUGGAGACCCUUCCUCCAGCUUUGUUUCAUCUGCCCAAACUGAGGCACAUUGACCUCAGCCACAACUCCAUCUCAAGUAUACCAGUGGAGAUUGGACACCUUCACAACCUUCAACAUUUUGCUAUCUCAGGGAACAAGGUAGAAGUUCUGCCUAAUCAACUGUUCAAAUGUUCCAAACUGAAGGUUUUACUUGUGGGUCAUAACGGCAUCACCUCCAUCCCAGACUCCAUUGGGCAGUUAACUCAGUUGUCCCAGCUUGAGCUCAAAGGGAACUGCUUAGAUUGCCUUCCAUUCCAACUUGGCCAAUGUCACCUUCUUCGGAAAAACCUCUUCUUCGUGGAGGAUCAUCUUUUUGACACACUGCCUCUUGAGGUCAAGGAAAGUAUCAGUAGUGACUAACGGAACUCUUCAGAAUGGAUUUAAUUAAGCAUUAUAAAGAGUACUUCACUCUUAUUGGUAGAUAAAAAUAUAAUAAAACUAGCCAAAAAUAUUUAAUAAAUUAAUGUGCAAGGGGCGGAAUGUGUUCACUUGUACGAAUGAUGGAUGUUUCAGUUGUUUGGAAAGAAUUGUCUACGGGCUUACUAAUAUGUCAUCAACAUAUAUGGUCUAUAAAUGGGCCUCAAAGACAGGAAGCAAAAACACUUGUUGCAAAAUAUAACGGGAACGUUGCAAACAACAGGUUUGGUUUGCUGCUGUUUGCCUAUUAGAAGGUAUGUUUAGUUUAAAUUAUGUUCUGUUACACAUUUACAUGUGUAUAUUGUGUUAUUUAUAUAAUACCAUAUUUAAUAUACAGACUGAUGAGUAGGAACAAGUGCACACAUAAAUGAAAAUUCUGUCAUCAUUUGACACACUCACCUGUAUCACUUUCUUACUAAUAUGGAACACAAAAAGAUUGUAUUUUAAAGAACGUUUCAACUGUUAUUUUGCCCAUAAAUGGGGCCCAAAACAACAUCCUACCCCUUAGACUUUCAUUGUAUGGACUAAUAAAACACUAUAACAUUUUUCGAAAUAUCUUAUAUGUUCCGCACAAGAAAGAAAGUCAAACCGGUUUGAACAACAUGAGGUUGACUAAAUGAUGGCAGAAUGGGCAUUUCUGGGUGAACUAUGUAUAAAGGUCAGUAGUUAUCCUAAAUCUCAAGUGUCCUAAAAUUUCAAAAGUGUCUAUCAGCACCAGUUUUCAGCAAGGUCUUUAACUAUGGAAGCAAACUUAACUUAAUUUUUCAAAAAAAUUUUUAUAUGUAUCAUGUAUUUCUUAUGAUUUUUUUCUGUGAGUUUAGGAGCAGCGCUUACCAACAUUUUACACACUCAAAGACAUGAUGUGACAUGAUGAAAUAUAUUAUGAAAGUUCACGUUUUCUCUUUAGCAAUAACAACAAUAUUGCAACAUGCAUUUGAGUUUGAGAAUGUGUUUUGUAUUUCCUUUGUUAACAGUGAAACAUAUGAAGUGUUUUUGCUGUAUUGUGUUGAUAAGAGGCAUAUCAAGGACUAAGAACUGCCAGACGGGGGGAUGUACACGCUGCACCUCAUGAUUACAACCACAAUGACCUUGUAAAGCUGCUCGAGGUUUACUUAUGCAUUGUCGUAAUGAUUGUAUCUUAAAACAUGCCACAUGCUUGGCAAAGAACAUACUGCCCUUAAUAUUCUCUGCAAUAUAAUUAUUAAUGUCUUAUUUUUUUCUGUUUUUGAUUGUUAUUGUUAUUAAAUGUUGUGUAUAGGUUUAGAUACAUGUUACAGUGUUUUAAAAGUACAACGGUACAAAGGUUUUAACCUGUAUUUUGAGUAUUGGGAACUGAUAUUUACAAAGAACAAUACCUGCAAAUAUCACAAAUUAAAAGAAUUUGAUUUACGA